GAGGCGUAGCUCUUCUUAUCAGCAAGUGCAGGUCGAGGGAGUGGAUCGCUUUUUACUGCAGGAGAAGGAGUGAGGCACACACGAAGUUUUUCUCGCUGCAGGGUGGAGGUUGCCUGUAAGCACCAGAAGUGAUCGCAAAUAAAUCAGAUUCUCAGAAGAGAAACUGAGAUUGGAGAAGGGAAGAAGAAAAAUAAAUCAGGUUCCGUUCCAGUCAGACUUGUGGUGUGUGUUACCUCCCAGUGGUCUGUGGCCUUCCCCCAGUGUUACAAAAUGAGCCUUAGCAUCCCUGACCUAGAGGAACUGUGGGAGUCCUUUGGGGACCUAAACAUUUCUGACACCUUCAGCAACAUAUCAAGAGUGGAUGUGACGGUGUGUACCACAGCUUUUAACCGCAAUGCUCUGCUGUACUCCAUGUGUGUCCUCUACACUUUCAUCUUCAUCAUCGGCAUGGCUGCUAAUGCUCUGGUCCUCUGGGUGAACAUCCGUGCCCAAAGAGACUCCACCCCUCGCCAUGAGACACAUAUGUACAUUGCUCACCUGGCAGUUGCAGAUUUAUGCGUGUGCAUCACUCUUCCUGUGUGGGUGAGCUCCCUGGCCCAGCAUGGGCACUGGCCAUUUGGCGAAGUGGCAUGUAAGCUCACCCACCUGCUGUUCUCUGUUAACCUCUUUGGCAGCAUCUUCUUCCUGGCCUGCAUGAGCGUGGACCGCUACCUAAGCGUGAUGCAGCACGGAGAAGAGGGAUGUGCGCGUAGGAAGUUGAUCCGUCGCGCUGCAUGUUUUGGGGUGUGGCUUCUGGCUCUGGUCGCGUCCUCUCCUGAAACCUACUUCCUGCGUGCAGUGAAGUCAGCGCACGGGGACACUAUGAUGUGCAGGCCGGAGUAUCCGGAGGAAAACCACAGGGAAUGGAUGGUCGGAGUUCAGCUCAGCUUCAUCCUGCUGGGCUUUGUUGUUCCCUUUCCAGUCAUUGCACUGUUUUAUGCUCUGUUGGCCAGAGCUUUCAGCUGCUCUUCAUCCUCAUCAUCAUCAUCUUCCCAUGUGGAGCAGGAGCGCCGCGUUAGCCGCAGGGUGAUUCUGGCGUACAUUGUGGUUUUCCUGGCCUGCUGGGGGCCCUAUCAUGCUGCUCUUCUGGUUGAUGCCCUGGCGCAACUGGGCCUGGUGCCACUGACUUGUGGCCUGGAGAACGUGCUCUACGUGGCCUUACACCUCACCCAGUGCCUGUCCCUGCUCCACUGCUGUUUUAACCCCAUCCUCUACAACUUCAUCAAUCGAAACUACCGUUAUGACCUCAUGAAGGCCUUUAUUUUUAAAUACUCAACUCGGACUGGCUUGGCACGUCUUAUUGAGGCUAAUAACAUGUCAGAGACUGAAUACACAGCUGUAGAAAACCCACCACUGAUCUGCUCUCAGUGAGUCUAGUGGAGUAUGAACUUGUUCUACAAAUGAUUUAUCUGCUCUAAACCAAUUCCGCAUCCCUUUCACAGACAUCUUCUUUAGACCUAGAAAGACUUGAAUACUAAUCGAAAAGCACUUAAAGCAGUUUAUAAUAGCAACUGAUUUACAAAUCAUUGUAGAUGUAAAGCCAAAACUGAGUGUAUAUUGUGUGAAAUCAUUGUUUUUAUUAUGUAUGUAUGCUCUGUGCAUUAAUGCAUUUGUGUGCGUGUAGUGUGUGUGAUGUUUAUUAUGAGAAGAAUAAUAUCUUUGUAUCUACUUUUUGUAUUUAUAUACAUUUACACUGUUUGCCUCUCUUGUGUUGUAAUACAAGGUCUUCGCACAGUUUCCAUAAUGCAAAACAUUUCCUCAUCAUUUGUAGCUGAGCCACUGCCUGGCUCUAUACUUUAGUCCUGCUGCCUCAUUGUGAAUCUCAACCUUAUUUUGCAUCAGACAAAGACAUGCUAAAGACAUGCUUUCACUUUUUUUUCAGGUAAUUUGUUCUUUUACUGAUAUAUUUAUAGCACUCUUCUAUCUGUAAAUUGAUUAUGAAGCAACAGAGCUUCUACUAGCUUGCUUAGCUUAGGUUAGAUUGCCAAUACCUUGGCCUACUAUCCUAGCUUGAAGGUAUGCUGUUUUUUGACCUAAGGUUCUGUUAUAAGGAGUUCAUUCUAGCUUGCAGUAACUCUAUCGGUAUCCUCAUUUAGUGUAAAUCCAGAUUAUUUGGUCCUCAAGACUAAAGCCAAAAGCUAUAGCUCAAAAGGUUGCUAAAACAAAGGUGGACUUUAAAUUCUUUAAACUCCAAUCUAAAAAAAUGUCACAUAAGCUUAUGCAAGUGUCGUAACACUAUCUGAUUGAAAAGUAAGACUGUAAAUAAAUUAAUAAAUUUCUGUUCACCUAUUUCACCAUGAUAUUUUUGCUUUUUGUACCAAAAUCCUUUUGACCUUCCAUUCUCAGUUUUUGCACAUAAGGCUCAAUGCAAACACAACAGUUUAAACAUUUAAAAUAAUCAUGAACUGCUAUGGCAUUUUUGAGACUGAAGAUAUUCUAAGAUAUUAAAGGUGCGUUUUGGUCUUGGUCCCUCCUAUACUAGCUAUUAGCUCCAUGCUAAUCUGGAUUUAUACUAAAUUAAGAUGAUAAGAGAGUUCAGAUAUUAACUCCUUAUAAACUUUUAGCAGAACCUCACUUCAAAAAUUCAGAACUUUCUUUUUACCCCCCUUGUUUCUUUUGGAUGUAAAUGUUUCCAUUCUAAUCUGUAGGCUUCCACUGAGACUACUGAUGUUACUGAAUACACAUUUAUUACAUAAUACAGUAUGUUUUGCUAUGUCAGUAAAUUAUAUCAUUGAAAGUGGUGGCAGUUACACAUGUCAAUGGGUUAAUAAUCCUUCCAUGUCACAGACAGCUCGCAUUUUUUGAGCUAAUAAUAUAAAUGGAAAGCUUUCUUCCUGUAAUGGGGGCUGCAGAUGUUGCAUGCAGCAUUGGAAUGUGUCUGUUUGAGACCAAAUUGCAUAAAUGUCAAUGUAUUAAUUCAGAUUUGAGUCUGCAUCUGUGGAAGAACCAAAAGUUUGACACCAAGGGAUGUUUUAUGUAUUAUUAGCUUUGAGAGACAAAUUUUAUUCACUUUAUUAUUUUUAUAUGAUGUCAUAGUGGGUUUUGUGUUACACUUGUAUACAUUUUGAAAAGAAAGCAGACGCAAAAAUGUCUUUCCAAGACGCCAAGCAUUCCCUUUUCAUUGAAAUGUGUAGUAUGUGUUUUGUUAUAUAAUAAACAGAGAAAAAACG